UGUGAGAGACAGUAUGGAAACAUUCACAAACUAAUCCAAGAUAAAUUAUACUUUGUGUGUAAUCAUGCAGAAUGAAACACGUUUUUGAAGAACAAGUACCAUAAAAGGAAAACUAUGCCGACUAUUUAUAUACGGUAGGGUACAGUAUGUCCAUGACAUAGGAGGAUGCACUGCAGCCAAGUCUGCCCUAGGCAUUAGCUCAAGGUAAAACAGUGGUCACAGGCUGAUAAAAAUGCGGACAGUACUUUUUUCAAAUGUAUUUAUUUAUUUAUUUACGUAAGUUAAACUGAUCCCUGCUUAUUUACAUAGCAUGGCUGUUAUUGUGACUGGGGUUAUAGCAAACAAUAAAUUCAACAUUAAUCAUUACACAGACAUACAUUUGCACCGUAGUGACACAAUGUUAGUUUAUGGUCAAGUGAUGUGUAUUGUCCGAAUUUUACCAGCAGGUGGUGGUCCAUAUCAACGCACCAACCUCAGAAACGUGACAUUGGAAUGUUAAUAGCUAGGCGUGACCAUCGUUAUGAUAAUACGCACUUUGAGUAGAUACAUAGUUUUUCCUUGCCAUUCAUUUCCUCAUGCUUAAAGUUUCAAAAUAUUGCUUAAAUUCCCUUUCGAUGGUAAUUCCGUUCUUGGCUGAGGCUGGACAGGGUUAUGAAAACAGGGGUACUUCCGGGUUUUAUCGCAAACGUUGCUGUGCGUCUCUAAGCUAGCACAGAACGCUAGUGCUGCUGCUUUUAUGUUUGCAUCCACAGGGCGUUAGUGCGCUCGGUUUAAAUUUCGAGGAAACCCUACAUAGAGGUACAUAGCGAUUAAUAGAUAGAACAAAGCGAUAAUGGCUGGAUCAUCACUGGAAGCGGUAAAACGGAAAAUAAAGUCCUUGCAAGAACAGGCGGACGGUGCUGAAGAGAAAGCCGAAAGACUACAGAGAGAGCUGGGUUUGGAGAGAAAAGCCAGAGAAUCUGCUGAGAGUGAUGUCGCCUCCUUGAACAGAAGAAUCCAGUUGGUGGAGGAGGAGCUGGACCGCGCCCAGGAGCGCCUGUCCACCGCUCUGCAGAAGCUCGAGGAGGCAGAGAAGGCUGCUGAUGAGAGCGAGAGAGGCAUGAAGGUGAUCGAGAACCGGGCCGCCAAGGACGAGGAGCGGAUGGAGCUGCAGGAGAUCCAGCUGAAGGAGGCCAAACACAUCGCCGAGGAGGCCGACCGCAAAUACGAGGAGGUGGCACGUAAGCUGGUGAUCAUCGAGGGCGACCUCGAGCGCACGGAGGAGCGCGCCGAGCUGUCGGAGAGACGAGCUCGAAGAGCAGAGGAGGAACUAAGAAUUUUGGACCAAAGCUUAAAAUCGCUAGUCGCUGCAGAGUCAAAGUACUCACAGAAAGAGGACAAGUACGAGGAGGAGAUCAAAGUCCUCACUGAUAAGCUGAAGGAGGCUGAGACUCGGGCAGAGUUCGCAGAGAGAUCAGUAGCCAAACUCGAGAAGACCAUUGAUGACCUGGAAGACCGGCUCUACCAGCAACUUGAGAAAAACCGCCUUCUUUCUAAUGAACUAAGACUGGCCUUGAAUGAGGAUUAGUCAUAGUGUGGAUUUUAUAAUCUCAGUCGUGUUACACAUGUACACUUCCUUAUUAUGGCUUAACGGUGCCCAAGGAGGGGGGGGGGGAGAUGCAGGUUACUGUUUCGGACAAAACAAAAUGUCCGAGGGAACCAAAAUAACAUUGUCAAUCCAGGGACAGGCAUAAUAAGGAUGUAUUAAGAAUGUUUAUUUGUAGUAUAUAGUAUUGCAUACAGAUAUCUGUGCUGUUGUAUAAUGCAUGCUCAGAAUGUAUGUGCCGUUGUGCUGUUAGGCUUGUGUGUGGUGUGUGCAAGAGGUGGGGAGGGUGGCUUUGCUCCAAGGCUGCGUAAGGGCUAACGCUUGCCAUUAUAAAUAUGUACUCUCACUGUGAUCUGUUCGGUUUGCAUGCAGGUUUGAAUAUGCGGGUUGUGUAGACAAGACUGGCUGUGUCAUUGUUAAGAUUGCUGUGCGUGCGCGUGCGUGUGCGUGCUCGUACAUGUGCGUGUGUGUGCACGUGCACGCGCCACUGAUGGUUCUAGCAAAAGUUGCAAAAUGACUUAAUCUGAAGCCCUGAAUGUUUGGUUUUUUUGUUGUUGUUCUGCAUGCUGUUGAUUUCUUUCUACCAGGGAAUGUUCCAUGAUUUGUUUUUUUAACAUCUUCUUUGGUGUUCUGACAGACAAACUUGCACAAGCUAAAGAAGAAAACCUCGAUAUGCACCAGAUGUUGGAUCAGACUCUAAUGGAAUUAAAUAAUAUGUGAACAAACCUGAACCCCUCUCCCCCUCCCCUUUCCCUUUUGAGAGUUGUACCACGCUUGCCAUGACCCCCCAGCCCCUACCAAGCCCCGCCCCCCUAAGCCCCCGCCACCCUGCCGGCGGAACAUGAAAAACCAGAAGCUUCGCAUUCACACUGUCCGGCUUUCUGCGGAGCUCAGCGACGGGACGAACCUGAAGUACUUUUCUUAGCCAGGGAAAGGAAUUCACGAAAUGCUAGUUUUCAUCUGGACUGAUUUGCCAUUUUAAUGUGUCAACAUUUUGUAAUCAUUUUUUUGUUGUUUUUUUUUGACAAUUUAUCAGGUGGAGCAUAACUUGUGCCAUUUUGUUACAUUAGAAUUUUUGAUGUGUAACGUUCUGGAGGUAAUGAUUGUGGCAUCUCCCUGUUUCACUCUGGUCAUGCAUUGUGCAGAUUGUCUGUAUUAAUUUACCUUCGGAGAACAAAAUUGGCAGAUUUUGCACUUAAUUGUAGCCUAAUCCUCAAAUUAUGCACAUAAUUAGAAAUCCUGACUAAAGCCAAGGUUUUGUUUAUUUAAGCCAACCUUUUUUUAUUUAUGUUUUGUACUUUGUUUUUGACGUUUUCUUUUGAGUGUGUGUGCGUGAUUAGGACAAAAUAACUCCUUUGUUUCUCCUCCUCUCCUCAAAAGUGAUGCUGGUGCUACUGUGAAGGCAAGCAAAGUUAAGAACAUGAAUCUUCGGAGAAUUGCAUCUCGAAGUGCAUACAGAUAGGCCAAUGGUAAUUUGAAGUCUAUAUUCACAAUUUAAUCGAUUUAUUAAUUUUAUAUUUUAGUUUUAUGUUUGUCAAUAUUUAGUUGUGGUUAGAAAGGGAUAUGUCUGCACUCCAGCAUAUAUUUAUUUUACUUUGAAACCAGAAACAUAUUACAAAAUGUAUGGCAACAUUAGCUUUCAAAUUAUAUUUUAUUUUGUUCAAACUUUUUUUGCCCUGUUAAAUCUGUGGUUCGCAAUAUUUUUCAUUUUGUUAUAAUUAUGACUAAAAACUUAGUAGUGCCUCGUUUAUUUUUUAAUUUUUAGAUGUUUUAAAUAUACUCCAUAUGAAAAGUAUGUAAGGUAAUAAAUAUAAAUAAAACCAUGCAGUUUUGCGAUUUU